GGACAGAGCCCGUUAGAAACGAACAUUUAAGCCGCAGGUUUCUGGUGACUUGCCAAUCUAUUUAACCGCACAAUUGAGGCUGUUAGGGUCGCAAGUCUCCCUAUCUGAUAGAACUUAAAUCUGACGUUUUCCCGUGACGACGAGAGCUUCAACGAAAUCAAAAGACUUUUGCCACGUCCCAAUAUGGCUUCGACAGUUCCUCAGGUUGUUCUCUUCGGAGACUCUUUGUUCCAACAAUGCUCAGAUAUCCAAGACGGUUUCUCUUUCCAAGCUGCUCUCCAGUCUGAUUUCAUUCGACGUUUGGAUAUCGUAAACCGGGGGUACUCGGGAUUCAACACCGACAUCGCUUUGAGAUAUCUUCCUGAAAUCUUCCCGGAGCGUACAGCCUCAUCACCUAAGAUGGACUAUCUGGUUCUCCUGUUUGGCGCAAAUGAUGCUGUGCUUCCUGGUGCUAUCACCAAGCAGCAUGUUCCUAUAGAUCGGUACAAGAAAAACCUCACCAAGAUCAUCAACCACCCGCGCAUCGCUGCUCACAAGCCCCAUAUUCUGCUGGUGACGCCCCCUCCCCUGGAUGAGAUCAAGACGACCCCUCGAUCCAUCGAGAAUGGCCACCAAGGAGCAGUUCGCAAGUCGGCUAUUAGCGCUGCCUACUCCGAGGUGGCUCGUGAGGUCGCGCGAGAGAAUCCUGGGGUUAUUCUGGUCGACCUCUGGAAGGCCCAGAUGGACAAGGCCAUCUCCCUUACUCCUGACGAUUACACCACAGGUGGACCAUGGUUAGGCGACCCCGAGAACGGUAAGCAGGGUGGUCUGGAUACUCUCCUUCACGACGGGCUCCAUAUGAGCGGAUCUGGUUAUCAGGUAUUCUAUGAGAGCCUCAAGCCAUUUAUUGGCAAGGAGUGGCACGGCCUCGCGGACGAUGAUCGCAAGGGAUUUGUGAUCCCAGAUUGGCGAGAACUGCUCGAGCUCAAGCCCAAUCUGAACACUGGCGAUUAGAUGGGAUGCAGAUUAUGACAUUCGACAUCAGAGGCACUGAAUGAAUACAAGAUGUCAAAAUAUACGCGUUGUGCAGA